CAGAGAUUCAGAGUCCAGUCUCUUCCUACUCAUUUAAUCCUUCUCUCUGCCAACGACAAGCAAGACGGAUAAGGGCUUUGACAUCGGUUGAUUUGUCAAAUAUGGCACCCCCAAAGAUCUCAUCUUCGAGUGGCUUAUCAGAUGUAUGUCUAUCUAUUAAUUGGAUGAUUGAUUAUUGACAUUGUUCCUAUUAUGAACAUUGCUUGCUUGCUUAUUGAGGGGAUGAGAAGUGCCUAUAGUGAAUCAGCUGCAGAGGUGUAUCCAAAUUGUGAAGCAGUACCUUGUGAACAAUUGGAUACUGCUUUUAUGGUGAGAUAUGCUACCUUUCACUACUCACGGCCUAAGGAAGUCCAUUCGCUGGUGCUUGCCGUCAUAUAUUUGUGGUGGUUUGAUUGUCAAAGAUCUGCUCUCACCAUUUCAAGAGGGAGGUUUGAACAAGUAGAAAAUAAUUUAUUGGGGAGUUGGGGAGAAGAGUUGGGAGAGGCGUUUGAAGAGUUUGGGAAGAAAAGGCUGGCAGCAAUCCAUUAAAAUCCGAGGGGUGAGGGCGAGAGAAUAGGUGGAGCGGAUUGGGGUUAUUUUCCUAUUUCAAUUCCAUUAAAAUCAGUUGAAAUCCAAAUGAAAGAAAUCCAUGGAAUAAUUGGGGACACCCAGAUUUUAAAGGAUUUUAUAAAAUCCAAGUUGAAGACACCGGAUUCUGAUGGAAUUCUAAAUUCCUUUCAAAUCCAUUAAAAUCCAUUAAAAUCCAUUAAACCCCAUCCAAAUAAGUAAUAAUAGAAAUCACAUCAUGUUUAAGAAUAUCAUUAUUUUCAUAGAUUCCAUAGAUAUCCAACUCGGAGACACCUAAAUUAUGACGGAAUUCUAAACUCCAUUAAAAUAUUCAGAAUCCAUAUUGGGGACACCCCCUAAGAUAUCAAAUAGAAAUCAUUCAUUUCUAGGGAGUACUGUAGUUACCUUAAUAUCAUUCCACAUAUUCAAGUUUUAUUACAAGUCAAAUAUAAAACCUCAACCUUAUAGAAUUAUACUAUGUUUAUACUACAAUAUCUAAUAUUUAUACUUCGUAUGUAUUGAGUUAUCCCUUAAUCAAAC